AUGGCGGUAACGCAUAGGAAUGACGAGAACAUCGCGUAUGAACUGUGGAUAGGCACAACCAUCACCGUCGCAGCCGCCACGAUAGCCGUCGUCUUGCGUUGGACGGCGCGAUGGGUGUCCCGCGUGGGUUACGGUUGGGAUGACUAUACCAUUAUGGUCGCACUGGUUGUCAACUGGAUCAUGGCCAUCCUGCGAUGGAUCCAGAUCAUCUACUUUGGCCUCGGGCACCAUGCGGAUGAGAUUUCGAAGGCCAAGGUGGUUGGAUAUUUGAAGGUCUUCAUGCCUGUCCAAAUCCUCUACCUCACCAACACCAGCAUCACCAAAGCCUCCGUUCUCCUUCUCUACGCCCGCAUCUUCGGUGUCGUUACGCGUUUCCGCUGGGUCCUGAUCGCCGCUGGCUUUCUAGUCGCCGCAUUCUGGGUCUCCUGCGUGAUCGUCACUCUGGCCGGUUGUCGACCCUUCUCCGCCUUUUGGGAUUUGGUCCAAACCGGACGUUGUCACAACGGUCCACCCUUUACGCGGGGCAACGCCAUCAUCAAUAUGUGCUUGGACGUACUGGUGCUCUGUCUGCCGUUCCCAAUGCUUUGGCGCAUACACACGACGCGGCGACAGAAGGUGAUCUUGACGUGCAUGUUUGCGCUCGGGGGAUUUGUUUGCGUCGUCUCUAUCCUCCGCAUCGUCAGUUUCAUGUACCACACGGGAAGAGAUCCCACGUUCACGACCGUUUCGUCGUCCAAUUGGUCCCAGAUUGAACAGUCGGUCGGGAUCGUCUGUGCCUGCCUGCCAACAUUGCGUCCACUGUUUCGUCGACUAUAUGGCAAUAUUAUUGAUCCGACACAUAGUGGAUCAUCAUCGACGCCGAUCAACAGGAAUCGUCUACAACCCGGGGGCCCCUCUCUCCGCGUCGCGGUCGUUGAAGCCGGCAGUUUCUACGAAGUCGGCAACGGUAAUCGAUCCAUCGUCCCGGCGUACUGUGCGCUCUACACGGGCAGCGAUCCGAAAGAUACCAAUCCUCAUGUCGACUGGGGCUUCCAGACCACCCCGCAGCCGGGGGCCGCCAACCGCCGCGUCCACUAUCCCCGCGGUAAGACACUGGGCGGCACCUCCGCACGCAACUACAUGACGUAUCAUCGACCCUCCGUGGGAGCCAUGCAGCGUUGGGCGGAGGAAGUCGGCGACAACAGCUAUCUCUUUGACAACAUGAUGCCCUUUUUCCAGCGCUCCGGGCACUACACGCCGCCGAACGCCGCUCUGUACCACAAUUCCAGCAAUCUCGAAUCCCCCGACGCCUUCAGCGCUGCCGGAGGACCUCUCCAGAUCUCCUUCGGCCCCGUCGUCGACGCCUUCGCCACCUGGGUUCGCCGUGCCUACAUCGCGGCGGGCAUGCCGCAGAUCGCCGGCUUCAACUCCGGGAAUCUCCUCGGCUCCAGCUGGGCCCCGUCGACCGUCGACCCGCGCAACGCCCACCGCUCCUCGUCGGAAUCCAGCUUCCUCCGCGCAGCCCUGUCAGAUCCGGUGACCUCCUCAGCCCUCACUAUUUACCCGUCGACUCUCGCCCUGCGAAUCCUCUUCGAGCACAAGACCGCUACCGGCGUCCAGGUCACCACCGCAGGCACUUUUGGCACUCCACCACUCGAAUUUACCCUGCACGCCAGAAAGGAAGUCAUCCUCUCCGCCGGGGCCGUGCAGUCCCCGCAACUCCUCCUCGCAUCCGGCGUCGGGCCCUGUGCCGACCUCGCCGGCCUCAACAUCCCUUGCACGCACCACCUCCCUGGCGUCGGCCAAAACCUACAAGAUCAUGUCAUGUUCGGCGCCUCCCGCCGCGUCAACGUGCUCACUGCAUCCGCCGCCGCCAACAAUGCCUCCCUCGCCGCGCACAACGAACAUCUCUGGAACUGCUGCGCCACCGGCCCUCUCUCCCUCGCCAUCCCCGGCUACUACGGCUGGGAGAAGCUGCCUCCGCCCCUCCGGGCUCACCUCUCCGCCUCCACGCGCCGCGCCCUCGACCAUCUCCUACCCCCCGACUGGCCGGAGCUCGAGUGGCUCACAAUCAACGCCUACGUCGGCGACGGCUUCGUCAAGGGCACCGACCCCCUCGACGGCUACAACUACGGCACUAUCUCCGCCGGCCUCGUCGCCCCCUUCUCCCGCGGCACCGUCUCCCUCCGCACCCCCGACAUGCGCGAUCCACCCCUCAUCGACCCGCAGUGGCUCACCCACCCCGUCGACAAGGACCUCGCCGUUCAGGCCUUCCGCCGCGUCCGCCACAUCUGGAACCUGCUCGUCGAGAUGGGCGUCGCCGACCGCAACGAGACCUACCCCGGUCGAGACGUCGGGGACGGAGCCGACGAGAUAGCUGCCUUUAUCGCCGGCUCCAUGGCCACGAUCUACCAUGCGGCGGGGACGUGCAAGAUGGGUCGCGCAGCGGAUGGGAUGGCUGUUGUGGAUGCUCGAGCGAGGGUAUUUGGUCUGCGCCGGCUGAGGGUCGUCGAUGCCGCUAGCUUUCCGUUUUUGACGCCGGGUCAUCCCCAGUCUGUUGUUUAUGCGCUGGCUGAGAAGAUCGCUGCGGACAUUCUUUCUUCUUAG